AUUUUCGUUUUUUUAAACAAAUAAACAACUCCUUUUAAAUUUUUGUUUGUCCCUUACACAAUUUCUAGCCACAAUCUAGUAACAGUGGCUGAAGCUGCUACAAGCAUGAAAGAAAAGAAUCUAAAAACACAAACAAAUAAUGAUUCAAACUUAACAGAGGAGUCUGGUGAUGAUGGUGAGGAAACUUCCAGCAUUGGCAGUACAUCCACCACUGAUAAUACCUCCAGAAGUGCCACUCCAACAAAUAGAGUUCGUAAAAGAAAACGUGCUAAAAAGAAAUCGUUAAGCUUAAAGUACGUGAAGCCAAUUUACAAAUAUACAUGUAGCAUUAAGGAAGAUCAUGGUCAACCUUUAUUUGGUACACAAUUUAAUCAUAACCUGAAAGAGGGCCAACCACAAAUAUUUGCAGCUGUUGGUAGUAAUCGUGUUAGCGUGUAUGAAUGUCCGGAAGGACAUGGUAUAAAAUUGGUGCAGUGCUAUGCUGACCCAGAUCUUGAUGAAAACUACUAUACAUGUGCAUGGUCGUUCGAUGAGGAAUCAGGAAAACCACUUUUAGCAGUUGCUGGUUCUAGGGGUAUUAUCCGAAUUUUAAAUCCUGCAACAAUGUGUUCAAUACGACACUACAUUGGGCACGGUCAUGCUAUUAAUGAACUUAAAUUUCAUCCGAGAGACCCAAAUUUAUUGCUGUCGGUAUCGAAAGAUCAUGCGCUGCGUUUGUGGAAUAUAAAGGUGGAUGUGUGUAUAGCCAUUUUUGGAGGAGUUGAGGGACAUCGAGACGAAGUUUUAAGUGCAGAUUUUGAUUUACUGGGCAAUCGAAUUAUGUCAUGUGGUAUGGAUCAUUCCUUAAAACUUUGGCGAAUUGACAAAAAAAGUAUGACUGAAGCUAUUAAACAAUCUUAUACCUGGCAGGCAAACCGAACUGCCCGACCAUUUGAUUCUGUAAAAGAGCACUUUCCCGAUUUUUCUACCAGAGAUAUUCACAGAAACUAUGUAGACUGCGUUAAAUGGUUUGGUGAUUUUAUUCUGAGCAAGUCUUGUGAAAAUUGUAUUGUAUGUUGGAAACCAGGAAGAUUGCAGGAUAAAACUUUGCGAAUGGGCGAAACAACCUCUACGGUUUUACAUCGUUUCGAAUAUAAAGAGUGUGAAAUCUGGUUUAUACGCUUUGCAAUGGAUUACUGGCAAAAGAUAUUAGCACUUGGUAAUCAAACGGGCAAAGUGUAUGUCUGGGAUUUAGAUGUACCAGAUCCAAAUCAAGCUCGCUGCUAUACCUUACAUCAUCCUCGCUGCACAACCGCUAUUAGGCAAACAAGUUUAAGUCGAGAUGGUUCAGUUCUCCUAUGUGUAUGUGAUGAUGGCACAAUUUGGCGAUGGGACAGAAUUUAGAACUAAGCAACUUUUUAUCUUUAUUGAAUAAUAUUUACACUAAUUGUC